GACUGGGGCGCACGCCACAACGCUCGUUCAGCCGACGGGCUCGUCGAUCCGAAAUUCAAAAAUUUAAAAACGCGCGAAAAUUCUAACUUUUUUUCCGAGUGGCCAGUGAUUGUGAGAGUCGGUGGCGAAUGAUGUGGUACGACACAGAUGUGGGGUAGCGACUGGUGGCACACCACACAGAUGAUAAAAUGAUCAUCAGAAACACGGGACGGCUUUGAACUUGCAACUGCCAGGAGGGCGAGCGACAUGGGUGCUAACGUGAAUGUGACGCAACUGCUGACACGCGGGCUCAAUGACACCACUAACGAAGUCGCGUACCCGCCGACGGAGUGGUUCGACGCCAACUGCUCCUGGGUGGAGGCGGUGUCGUGGGGCUGCAACAGCAGCCUCAACGGCACCGGCGGGAACAGCACCUCCAGUGACGUCACGUCGCUCGUCCUCAUGGCGGUAACCUCGGUGGUCCUCGCGCUUAUUAUCCUCGCUACUAUUGUUGGUAACGUGUUCGUCAUAGCAGCCAUCAUAAUCGAGAGGAACCUGCAGAACGUGGCCAACUACCUGGUGGCCUCGCUAGCGGUGGCUGACCUGAUGGUGGCGUGCCUCGUGAUGCCCCUCGGAGCUGUGUAUGAGGUCAGCCAGGGCUGGAUCCUGGGGCCGGAACUCUGUGAUAUGUGGACUUCCAGCGACGUUCUUUGCAGCUCCGCUUCUAUUCUCCACCUCGUCGCUAUCGCUACUGAUAGGUAUUGGGCUGUGACAGAUGUGGACUACAUCCACAUACGUAACGAGAGACGAAUCUUCACGAUGAUCUUCCUAGUGUGGGGGGCGGCGCUGGUGGUGUCCCUCGCGCCGCAGCUGGGCUGGAAGGACCCCGACUACCUCGCCAGGAUCACCCAGCAGCAGAAGUGCCUCGUCAGCCAAGAUCUGGCGUACCAGAUCUUCGCUACUUGCUCCACGUUCUACGUCCCCCUCGCCGUCAUCCUUAUCCUCUACUGGAAAAUAUUCCAAACAGCCCGAAGACGCAUCCGAAGGAGAAGAGAACCACCUCCACCCAGACCAACCUCCGCAGACGGUGCCCCACCUUCAGGAAGACCUGUCCAAUCAGCCAGAGACAGGAGAUUCGUCAAGAAACGCUUUCUGAACCUCAAAAAGUGCAACCAACGCACCAGAGCAGAAACCUUAGCGGCGGCUCUGCUCCUCACCGAAGGACAGAGCACCUCCACGGUCGACACCUUGGACGAGGAGCCCAGAACCACUGCGUUCACCGUCAACGAAAAGGCUCCGGCAAGUGUGUCGCCAGAAAAGUCUUCCUCGACCGUUACGAAUGGGUCGAAACAGGAGCGGGCUAUUGUGCCCGCUCCCACGCAUAGAGAAAAGAAGGAGUCUUUGGAAGCAAAGAGAGAGAGAAAGGCAGCGAAGACGCUGGCGAUCAUAACGGGGGCGUUUGUGUUCUGCUGGCUGCCGUUCUUCAUAAUGGCGUUGAUAAUGCCGAUCUGUCAGACGUGUGUGAUCAGCGACUAUUUAGCGAGUUUCUUCCUGUGGCUCGGCUACUUCAACUCGACGCUGAACCCCGUCAUCUACACGAUAUUCAGCCCCGACUUCCGCCAGGCGUUCGCGCGGAUCCUCUUCGGCACGCAUCGGCGCGGGCGCAAUAAAAAAUUCUAACGAAAAUGUCCCUACUAUGUAUAUAAUUGAGUCAAAUACGACUACGGACUAUGUUAUUCUCCUACUUGUAUAAUAUUUCAAAGCUUUCUGUAUGUUAUACAUACUUAUCGUUAGUAGUGAGUGUAAAUACGUUAAGACGGAGGUUUGUAAAUAAUAUUAUAAAGGUAUAUACAUUAUAGAUGACGUUGAGAAUUGUUUUUUUACGCGUUAUAGUCUAUGCAGCCGCGUUGGCGUCGCCCGAGAGUCCGGGGCGGCCCCCUCGCCAGCUCUUAUGUUGUUUCAAGUGACAUUACGAAAUAAAUAUUAAAAUUAUAUCAGAAUUAAA